AUGGUUAUUUGUAGGUUAGGAAAAAAUACCAUUAGAGGAAAGAUUAGUGUACUUGUAAAAGAAGAAAACUAAUUAAUGACACCUCUUUAAUAAAAACUUGAAAUUUUGGCUUCAUAAAUAGGAAAAUAUGGAGUAAUUGCUUCCGUACUUACUUUUCUUGUUUUAUUUUUUAGUCUUAUUUAUAAGUCUUAUAUUGGCUUAUAAUGCUUUUGGUGCUUGGAUUUCUUUUAGAAUAUUGUCAGGAACUUUAUUGUGAGUUUAAGUAUUAUUGUUAUGGCAGUUCCGGAAGGGUUACCUUUAUGUAUUACACUUUCUUUGGCUUAUUCAGUUAAUAUUAUGUUUAGGGAUUUUAAUUUAGUUAAAAAGUUAUCAGCUUGUGAGGUUAUGGGAGCUGUGACUGAUGUUUGUAGUGAUAAAACAGGAACUAUUACUACUGGAACUAUGAAUUUAUAAAGAAUUAUUGUUGAUGAAAAUAUUAUUGAAGAAAAUUAAUUAUAGGAUGGAGCUUUAAAAAAUAUUAUGAUUAAUAUAAUUAAAUAUACUUCUAAAGCUAUAAUAGAUAAAGGAGAAAAUGGCGAAAUUGUACAAAAAGGAAAUUUAACAGAAAUAGGUUUAUUAAAAUGGAUAAUGAAAGAAAAAGAUAUAAAACAAAUAAAAAAUAUAGAAGUUUUAAAAGAAUUUCCAUUCACAUCUAUUACAAGAUAUAGUGCAUCUAUAGUAAAGCAAGAAAACAAAGCAAUCAUAUAUUUAAAAGGAUUACCCACAUUAAUAGAAAAAUGUUCCCAAAUGUUAACUAUUAAAGGUGAAAUUAAACCACUCUCUAAUAUAAUUAAAGCGGAAAUAAAUUAAAAGAUUGAAUAAGAAUGUUAAAAAGCCUUCCGAGUGCUCAUUUUAGCCUAUAAGCCAAUAGAAAAAAUAGAGGAAAAUAUUGAAAUAUUAUAAGAAUAAGACUAUAUAUUGGUUACAGUAUUAUUUUUGAGAGAUUAGAUUCGACCAGAAGUAGCUUAGGCAGUUUAAUAAUUGGCUUAAGCAGGAAUUUGCACAAGAAUGAUUACUGGAGAUAAUAAAUUAACUGCAAAGGCUAUUGGGUAAGAAGUUAAUAUAAUUCCUUCUAUUUUAACGGAAGAAGAUGAUGAUUUAAUUAUUACAGGUAACUAAUUGGAAACUAUGGAAAAUGUUGAUGAUAUUCUAAAAUAUAGAAUUGUGGCAAGUUGUAAUCCUUUUUAAAAACAUAAGUUUGUGAAAUUAAUUUAGGACUAGAAAAAAAUUGUCGCAGUUACAGGAGAUGGGAAUAAUGAUGCUUUAUGUUUUAAAAGUGCAAAUGUUUCAUUUGCUAUGGGAAUUAAAGGAACUGAAAUGGUUAAAGAAAAUGCAGAUAUUAUACUUUUGAAUGAUAAUUUCGCAUCUAUUGUUACUUCUUGGUUUUUAUUUUAUAUAUAUAUAUAUAUAUGUUUAUAUUUAUUUAGUUUAUGGGGAAGAAAUAUUUAUUAAUCAGUAAGAAAAUUUAUCACAUUUUAAAUUACGGUAAAUGUGGUGGCAAUAUUUAUGACUUUUUUCGGAAGUUUGGCUUUGUAAGUAAGUCCAUUUAAUUCUUCUUAAAUUUUAUGGGUUAAUUUAAUUAUGGAUACAUUUGCUAGUUUAGCUUUGGCAACUGAUAAACCUAUUCCUUUUUUGAUGCAAAGAGGACCUUUUAGGGAAAAUGAGAGAAUUCUAAAUGGAAAUAUUUUUAAAAAUAUUCUUUUUUAGGCAGUUUAUUAGAUUUGUAUACUCAUUUUUGUAGUUUUUGCAGCAGAUGAUAUUUUCUAAAUACCGGAAUUCACUCAUAUGGAUUCAGAUGCAUAUAAUCCUGAAAUUGCAGUGCAUAUAACUAUUUUUUUCCAUACUUUUAUAUUAUUAUAGUUUUUUAAUGAGUUAAAUUGUAGAAAUAUUUCUGACAAUUUAAUUAAUCCGUUUGAGAGGAUUUUUGAUAAUUUUUAUUUCUUAGGAGUUAUGGUUAUAUAAGUAAUUAUUUAAUAUGUUUUAGUAGAAUACGGAGGAUAGGUUUUUGGAUGCUCCCCUUUAAAUUUUAAUUAGCAUGUUUUUUGUUUGUUUUUAGCAGCAGGGGGAUUGGUUGUAGGAAUAUUAAUUAAAUUUAUUAAAAAAGAUAAAAUUUAAGGUUAUGUUAAUUUCAUUAGUUAAGAAGAAAUCGAUAUUUUUUAGGCUAAUAAAUGUAUUUUUUUUUUAUAUAUUUUUUUCUUAAGGUUUUUUAUUAAAUAGAAAAUAAGAGAAGUUCAUUAUGUAAUGUUUUUACAAACAACAAAGACACUUUUAGUAAUAAUCACAAUAGAGAUAUAAAAAAACAACUAGUUUGAAAAUAUAAUAUAUAUAUAUUAAUAUCUUGCAUUUUUUAAUUACUUGAAUAAAAAAAUAAUUAAAAAUAUAAAUAUUAAUUAUAAAAAUUAAAAAAAAUAACAUGAGUAAAAGUGA